AUUCCAAAUGAAGUAACGUUACAAUAAUCAAACCAGAGAGUAUACCAACAAGAAGUCGUAUGUCAAAGUUGGGUCCUCAGAAUUCAGAAACACAAUUGGAUGCAAACAUGUUCGGCCCCUUUGCCUAGCCCACUGGCCCAGAAACCCAGUAUACGUGAAGCUCGGUCCGUUUUUAAUUGCAAAUCUUCUGGGCCUGGACGUAUGUUCAUUCCCGUUCGCAGCCCAUAAAGAGUGGACUAGCAGCACCUGAGGCCCAAAUGAACAUAUGCCUUCAUCGCCGACCGCAGCGUUCGCUGUUUGGAUAUGGUAGCCAGCUUUGAACGGUCAUCACCUGCUGCCACUCAGGCCAACUCCCGCGCUUCUCCACCACUGCCAUGGCUCCUUCUCCGCUACUCGCCGCCGCCGUCUCGGCGCCGUAUUCGCCGCCUCUGCUCUCGUACUCCUCUCCCUGCUCUUCCGCUCAUCCUCGCCUGGCGUUUAGCAGCUCUUGUACAAAGCUGUCCUGGCUUCAAGCAUGGAGAAUCAAGGUUGCUUCCCCAACCUGGUCAGUGGAAUCCAAGAGCAGGAGAACUUUGAUAUGUGCAGUUGGCCAAAAUGCAGAGGAAGCUUUCAAGAAGACGGUGGAAGUAGAUUUGCUGAUAGAGGCACUGAGGGAAGCAAGUCCAACAGAACUUCAGAAGCUUGUUGUUGAGAAUGUUCUUGCUUUCAACGAAGCUUUUUGGAUACGACUUGCUGCAAGAGCAGAUACAUGCCAAUCGGAGGAUGAUAAAAAAGAUUAUGAGGAAUUGGCUAUUUCCAUAAUGAGCAUUGUUGAUCGUCUAGUCCAUAAGACCAAGGAAAUGAUAAACUCGUCUACUGAUGUUCUUAAGGCAAUACUGCAACCUGUCCUUGAUCCGACGGAAGAGCUAACCUGGCCUCCAAGAGACCCCCAGGCCCUUGAGCUCAUGGAGAAAGAGAUAAUUCAAAGAGAGCAACAAGGACAACUGGAUGAAGGGUUCCUUUCAGAAGUUAGCGCGCAACUGAGAAACGCGAAAGAAGAUGGUGAUAAGCCAGGGCUUGAAGCUAUGCUGCAAAAAGUUCUGCAACUCUAUGCCUCCACGCUUCUAUCCAAACGUAGCUACGCCAAGAAAGGAGACGAGAUAUUGAAGGAUGAGCAGUUCCUUGAGACCAUAAUCAAAGCUCCUGAGGAAGAAUGGAACAGGCUUAUGAUCAAUGGGCUGACCGUAGCGAAAGGAGACAUUUCCCCAGAGGAACUCUAUGCUGUCGUCAAGAAGCGAAUCGAGAGGGUGCUGAUUCGUACGGAAGGAGGAUCAUACCAGCAGCGCAUCCUGAGCGAGUAUCUAAAGGGUAUUCAAUCUCGUGCCGAGGAGGUCGUCCUAGUUCUUCAAGGAAGAAGAUAACUCGCUUGUCCACAGUAUCGUUAAGCACAGUAUAGUUGCAUUGCAGAGAAACAUAUGUACACUAAUAUAGAGUAUACACACCACUCCGUGAUCUUCAAUGGCUUUAAGAAUUUCUCAGGAUUCAUGUAACUAAUGCAUAUGUUUCCUUUUGGGACUGCACAAUAAGGGAUGAUUCCCCCG